GUCUAAGGGUCCUGAUUAGAUAAGCAAAUCCAUUAACUCAGCCAAUUUCUGCCCCACUUAAAAGUUGGUUGUCGUUUGACUUCGCAAUAAAAUAGAAAAAGGACGAUUUCGAGAUCCGAUUCGCAAAGCCAUAUCAACGAGGGGGUGAUUACAGUGUCGGGUCAAUUAAUUAAUAAAGCGUAUGUGGUGUCUUUGCUAAUCGUACAAAUUACUUCCGACCGGCAAUCCCACCAGUCUAGCUACCCAACGACAUUUUCAAAAAUUAAUAGCCCUCAACUAACAGCUUGCGAAUAGUCGAGACGGUGACCGAUUUACGCGGGGAAGGGUAUAACUACAGACCUCCCGGCCGAUCAGGCGAACAGAUCAAACAGUCACCUAUUUCGCUCGAUUAGACGAUCAUAUCGCCUAGGGCACCUUCGAACCUACCACUAGUCCUCGAAUCGAUCUGUUCCAAUUCGAAUCGACCAACCUACCCACACCAGACAUAGAGGCAGAAGUCAAGAAGCAGAACACACAUCCUAAACUACUCCCAAAAUGUCAUUCUUCCGAAUAACCCUGCACCGCUCAUCCAUCGGUCUUCCAGAACGAACCCGCGGCGUCCUAGCAGCCCUCGGUCUUCGCAAGCGUUCACAAACGGUGUUUCACCCGGUAUCCCCGCAAUCCGCGGGUAUGAUAAUGAAAGUUAAGGAAUUGGUUAAGGUGAAGGAGGUUGAGCGUGCGUUGACGCCCGAGGAGAUGCGUGCUGAGAGACGCCCCGAGCCGGGGUUUUGGUUGGAGAAGGCUAUGCCGCGGUAGGGUGAGAGGGGAGAUAUGUGUUUGAAGGGGAGAUAGGUCGGGGGUGGAGUGGGAGGUUAUUAUGACUAGAGGGAAUAUGAAGUUAUUCAAUAAGGGAAUCUGGAAAGGGGGAAUCCUGUGGAGGGGUGUGGUUGAGAGAGACCAGCAAGCUAGCAGGUUUGCGACCACGCGAGUCCGGCUUACUGCUACCUAUUAUCAGAGGCCAUCUACCAAGACCUGUAGACGCGAAUAUGGGCGCCUAGGGUCUUAGAGUUCUCGCCGUAUAUACGAUCAACACUGUAAAAUAUACACAUAUCUUGCUUCUGCGGGCAAUACGGUGGUUGUAUUUCAUGAACCUUAUGGUUUAUGGUAUGGACGAAGCGUACGAAGCGUAAUUGUAAUCAUCAGGCCUAAUGGCACGGAUAAUUGGCUGUGGGAAAGAUAUCCCGCUUUCUCCUCUGAACUUCCAUUUAGCACAGUUUCGAGGCAUCGCUUUAGUGGUGGCCCCUAAACCAUCAGGUCAAUUCGCCAAUCGGCGGUCUUUUUCCAGUUUCCCGACCUAUCAAUUCCAUACAAAAUAACAGAUAAAAUAAACCUAGAUAAAUCAUUUUAAUAUGAGGGAAGU